CCCGACUCUCCUCUUUCCUACUGACCUGUCGACGGUCUCGGUCAAUUCUUUUUCUUCUUCUUCCUCUUCCUCUUGUUGUUGUUCCAUCUCGUCUUUUCACUCCGUACACCUUCCUAAUUCCUCCCCAUCUGUCUCUCUCUCUCUCGUUGACACGCUUGUCCCGCAGUUGGGAAGCAUUGUACCGCUGGCGACCUAAAGAAGGAUCCCCUUCCCAUUCGUUUCCUUGUCGGUCUUUUCCGUCUAUACUUCCAUCAACCAGUAUGCCGCAACCCAACAUCGAUGAACAAAUUCAAAUAGACACCGACGAUGACAACGAUUCUCUCCUGGACGCCCAGUCGAUCGUCGGCUCCAACCUCACCAUCUCCUCGACCGUGCGCGAUUACUGCUUCGAGAACGGCCGGCGCUACCACGCCUACCGCAACGGCCAGUACCCGGUGCCCAACGACCAAGAAGAGCAGGACCGGCUCACGCUGCUGCACCAGCUCUUCAAGAGCGUCACGGGCGGCGAGCUGCACCGCGCCCCGGUCCUCCGCCCCCGGCACCGCCCGCAGCGCGUGCUCGAUGUCGGCACCGGCACCGGCGUCUGGGCCCUGGAUAUCGCGGACGCCUACCCGCACGCGGAGAUCGUGGGCACCGACCUCAGCCCCAUCCAGCCCCGCUACACCCCGCCCAACUGCUCGUUCAUCAUCGACGACGCGGAGAGCGACUGGGCUUUCCCGCCCGAGGAGGCCUUCGACUACGUCCACGGCCGGUCCCUCGGGGGCUCGAUCGCCGACUGGCCCCGGUUCCUGCAGCAGGCGUACCAGCACGUCAAGCCCGGCGGGUGGGUGGAGAUCCAGGAGUUCGAGACCUGGAUCCGCUCGGACGAUGGGACGGACCAGCAGGCGGUGCGGAUCCACGAGUACCAGCGGAAGUUGGACGAGGCGAGCCGCAGGUUCGGGAAGCGCAUGAAUAUCGCCUCCAGUGUGCGGGGGUGGAUGCAAGACGCGGGAUUUCAGCAUGUCACGGAUGAUACGUACAAGUGUCCGCUGGGCCCGUGGGCGAGAAACCCGCAUUUCAAAGAGCUCGGUCGCAUGGGGAAGGCGGCCUUCUUCGAUACGAUCGAACCGUAUUCGCUGGCGUUGUUGACGCGGGUCAUGGAUUACACGUACGAGCAAGCGCAACGGUACGCCCAGGAUGUGCGGCAUGAGUUGGUGCACGGCUCGUUCCACAUCUAUACCCUGUUCCAUUAUGUGUACGGACAGAAACCACCGGAGAAGGCUAAUAAUGAUGGCCAUAAUGGCGGUGACGAUGCUGACGCCGAUGCUGCGGAUGAUGAUAACGAUGCUGAUGACAAUAAAUGAAGUGUAUAUAUACCCGUGUAAUGAGCCGAAGUUAUACAUAUCACCGGUUGAACCUGAGCGGGAUGCACUUUUCUUACUAC